AUGCCGGCGACAGCAGGUAGGGUUCGUAUGCCAGCAAACAAUAGGGUGCACAGUAGUGCAGCCCUCCAGACCCACGGUAUAUGGCAGAAUGCAAUUGGUUACGACCCUUAUGCCCCCAAUAAGGUCAAAGGAAGCAACAAGAACUCCCAAGACAAGUCUUCGAACAAGGGAAUGGAAGCUGUGACUGCCUACGCCAGUUUCCAGGGAUUGCUGGCACUGGCCCGCAUAAAUGGUUCCAAUGCUAAUGAGGCUCGUGGAGCCUGCAAGAAGUGUGGCCGUGUUGGUCAUCUCACCUUUCAGUGCCGGAACUUUUUGAGUACUGUUAAGGAUGAUAUUAAGGAGAAAGACCCAGAUGCAUUUGAGGCUGCAGUUUUGUCUGGGUUGGAUAAGGUGAAGGGAAACUGUGGCGAGGCAAAAGGUGGUAGAAAUGCAUUUGAGAGAUUGGAAGAGAAGAGUUCUGAGGAGGAGAAGGAUAGUGAAAGUUCAGAUUCUGACUGUGAUUCAGAAAUUGAGAGGGCUAUUGCUGAGAAAAAUGGAAAGAAUGUGAGAAGUGAAUUGCGGGAUUUAAGACAGAAGAAAGAGGACUUUGAUGAGUCACCGGAUGAGGAUGUUCAGUGUCGACAUCGAAGGAGGAAAAGUCCAAAGGAGAAGAGGAAAUGGAGUCAAAGAGGUUCUGAUGAUUUAGUUUCAGAGGAUUCAGAGUAUUUUACCAGAAGACACAAGCGGAAGGGUAGGAGGGCAGCUUCACCAUCUAUUUCGGAUAUUAGCAGCUCAGAGGAUUCCUUCCUGCGUUGGCAAACAAAAAGAGGUACGGAAGAAGAUCAGGAGACACCAUUGUUAAGAAGAUGA